AUGACCAACCCUUCCGAGAUCGAGUCCCACCCCGUCGAGACUCUCAAGGCCCAAAAGGAGCACCACGACGCCGCACAUCCAAGCCUGGAAAAGACCCCACUCCACGUCGCCGAUCACCCCCUCCCUCCCAUGGCCCAGGCCGGCCUCAACGCCAUGAGUAGCCACAUCGGCGCCGGUAUCGCGACCGCUGGCUUGAUUGGUGUCCCUCACUUCCCACCCAAGGAGGAUCACGCGCCUACCCACCAUGAGCACAAGCACCACGAUGUCCACCAUGAGUCUCAUGCUGCUGCCCAUGACCACCAUGGUAACCCCCAGGAGCCCUUGAAGAACAAGACUUUGGGUUUUGAUGCUCACCAGCUCCCUACUAUGUAA